AUGAGCUCUGCUAUUUUACAAUAUUUUACUCUUUCGAACAAUUUGGGCAGUUGUUUCACUAUUCUCCAUAAACUUUCAUGGUCAACAUUUAUUCGUCAUUUUACUGCAUUUCUGUUUUAUGUUUUCGUGCUAAUUCAGUGGCCUAAAGGUAAGCUUAGCAUGGCUAAUAUUAUAGCUGCACGAACAGGAUUAACCACUGUUUCAUUCAUAUUAUUUUUCUGGUGUGCUAUCUUUUAUCAUUAUAUGAUAUCAGCCGGACGUGUAGAGAUCGACUGGAUUAAUGGACGAUUUCAAGCAAGCGGCUGGUUAGUUCGAAGUUCUCGACAUAGUCAUCGAGUGUUACUAGUAUUAUCGUUGGCAGUAUCUGCAGCAGCUGUAAUUCAUACAAGUACUUUGCAUGUACUCUUUGAUUUUGAGAGACGUACAUCAGAGUUUUUCAGUUCUUCCUCAUUUGCAUGGUCAUUUAGUAUUUUAAAAGUUGACUUUUUUUUUGUUCUGUUAUUUGCAAUUUAUAGUGGUGUACGAUUAAGUUUAGAGCCAACUGGGCUUUUGAAGAGAUCAAGGAAUACUAGGACAGUUACAAUAAAUUCUACUACUUCAUCUAUUUCAAAUUUUGGUAACGACAACGAAACUGACACACUUAAUUGUUCUGCAACAAGAAUUACAGCAAUAGAAUCACCAUUGUUACAACUUCAUAAAUGUCCGGAAUAUAUUGAUGAAUGCAAAAUUUGCCUGCAGUAUGUGGCAGAUCGACAACUUGGUUGUAGUCAUAUGCUUUGUUCAAAUUGCUUGAUGAAAAUAGUGAUGGAAUAUCAUAAAAGAAAUGACAGUGAUAUUUCCUGUCCAUUUUGUCGACAACAGUUACAUUAUGUCCGGGAGGUUCAGUUCAGCUUGCCCGACCAGUUUAUUCCAGUUUGUCAAUACAUCGAUCUCUCCUAA